AUGGAGGAUAUAGAAACAAGGUUCAAUAGACCUAGGCGUGUCCGUGAUGAUCCAAACUAUAUUCAGCCUUCUGGAAUGUCGAAUAUCUUCCCUCAGCUAGGUAAACCUGCAUCAGCUCCAGAAAAUUACCAUUUAGCUCCUAUGCAGAAACUACAAGCUCAUCGAUAUGUGCUUUUGAAUUGUUCAAUAGUCACACCAUUUGCGGAUAGGAUAGUCAUUCUAUUUAACAUUAAUUUUCUUAUUUCAUAUAGAGAAUUUAGACAACACAUAAGGAGGAGUUCACGAGGAAGAAGACCUUCACCUACAGAGAUAGAGAGGAAAGUUAAUAAAGAAUUUGUAGAUUGGUUCCAAAAACGGAUUAUGAAUCCAGACUCAAUAGACACAAUGUCUACUGAUCUAAAGUUUUUAGCACGAGGUCCAUCUGUAAAUGCAAGAAGAUAUACUGCAUAUAAUAUCAAUGGGUCUAAAUUUCGAACUUUGGCUCGAGAAGAAGGUCUGAAAACACAGAAUAGUGGAGUUUUCUUAACCUCUAAAACAUCAUGUGUUGCAAGUAGCUCUGAUGGAAAUUUAAGGCAAGCGGAGAUACCAUAUUAUGGGAAGUUAGAAGAUAUUAUUGAGAUCAAUUAUAAUGGACGAUUCAAGGUUGUUCUUUUCAAAUGUAAAUGGGCUGAUACUACUCGAGAUAGAGGGUAUCAAAAGGAUCGUUGGAAUUUUAAUUGUGUUAAUUUUGAUAAACUGAUUCACACGGGUGAACGUGAAGAACAUGAGCCUUACAUCGAAGCAUCUCAAGCACAACUGGUGUUCUAUGUGGAUGAUAUUGUCAAUAAAGGUUGGAGUGUUGCUGUGCAUCUAAAGCCAAGAGAUAUGUACGAUAUGGGAGAAGUAAUAGAAGAAGAAGUAUAUGAGAAUGAACCAUACCAAGAGCAAGAACUUGAACAGUUUUAUGCUGAUGGUGAUGACUAUGUACAACUAGCUACAGAUCAUAUAAUUGAUGAUAUAGUAGAUCCAAAUGUUGCUACUGACCUAGCAACAAAUGCAAUGUCUGAAUGAGUUUUAUGAUUACCAUUAAUACUACCAGUUCUUUUUGAAGUAUGUUUGGUGCUUAUGUGUGAUUUUCUUUAAUCUGAUUUGGAAUGAAUUUUGUCAUCAUUUAUCAUUCAAUGAGGCUUUGAUUAGACUAAUUCAAUCGAAGUUGAAAUUAUCUUUGUUUUUUUCUACGGAGAUUUUAGUUAAUUCAUUUUUUGAUUUGACUUUUCUAUGUUGAUAUGUUUUCUGUCAUUGGAUGGAUAUGCUUGCUUAACUAGAAAAAGGUUGAACUUUGAUUGGAUAAAGACUUCCUCAUAGAGAUUUAACUUUGAAUUUCUUAGGACUUAAUUUUGGACAGAUUGUGUGUAGUUCUUUAUACAGGUAAUUGUAAGUUAAGUCGAGCCGAGUUAGUUGCGAUGUUAAACUAUCUUCUCAAAGCAACCCUGAACGUCUAGGGAGAAAGGGAAUGUCGACUCUGUGCCGAGCAGAUUGAUUCGACAAAUUAGCAGUUGACGCCUUGCAGUGUUGGCUAUGAGGUUCAUAUAUUUUUCCUAUAUUCUCUUAGAAUGUUCCUCGAAUUCCUUUAUCAAAAACGUAUAUACUGGAAUCCUUUCCUUUUUGAAUGUCAUUUUAAAGGAUAUGUUAUUUUAAUUGGAUAUGUGUUUGUAAAAUUGCUUUCAGGUUUAUAAGCACGAUUGUAUUUCAUCUUAGGAAGAGUAAAAGGAAAUUCAGUUUGUGAAACCUCAUAAUCUUUCCUUGUUUUGUCAUAGAGAUGAAAAUUGAUAGGGUGUUUUGAAAUGUUGCAGCCCUGUAUGCAUAGGAAAAGUCGGACUGGUUGUGCGAAUUCACUUAGCCAGAGGUUUAACACCAUCCCUUUUAUGCUGCUGAUUAAUUGCUGUCCAGAUUUUCAG